GCCAUUGAAGCGAUCUUCCCAAAAACUCCAAAGCUUCCCAACUUUCCACCAUUCUCCCAUCACCACUCUCGUCCUGUCCUGUCUUUCUCCCCUUAUCUUUCCAUCACAUCAUCCACCCUCUCUCAGCACUUCCUCACAUUCCUUCUCUUGGGAUUCAGACAUUCACAGCAGCAUCGCAGCCUCGUUCCAUCCUCUCAUUUACCCUCCUUUUGUUAGUCGCAAAAGUCCACGCAAUCAUCCAAAAAAGAAACCCAACUACUACUACUACUAUCAAGUAACCAAGUUACCACCAAAAGUUUUGUCAACCAACAACUAAGCUAAAGCUUCAAACCGACAUUGGCUCUCGCCUUCACCAUUCAUCCAAUUAUACCCAAUUUUUUGGCAUUAUUCGCACCCGACGUGCAACUUAUCCUGCUUAAAACGUAGCCCGGCAUGGAGCAGCAACAGCCCGCUCCUCCUCAGACGGGGGGCGUCCCCGGCCCUACAGGUCGUCGUCUUCAUAUCGCCCAUCGCAGGAGUCCAUCCGAGCUUACCCCGCUGAUGAGCAUGUUCGCAACCCCUGGAAUGGAGCAACUUGCUAUUCAGCAGCAGAUCGAGUUGUUGCAGCAGCAGCAACAGCAGAUACAGGCUACGCACCAACAAUACAUGAAUAUGGGAAUGAUGCCACCGGGUCAGCUCGGUCCCGGCGGUUCCUUCAACCCUCUACAGCCAACCAUGACCAACAUGUCACCGCAGACGGCUUUUCAGUUCCCCAAUCAGCUUCCACAGCAGCAACAAAACGUCCCUUUGGGACCACCAAGUCAGCCCAUGUCGCACCGCCGUAACCAAUCGGCCCUCCCCAACAUGGGAAUGGGACCACCGCCGGCUCCUUCCACUGGAGCCUCCGGGUCCAAUUUUGGGCAAUUUGAUAAUUCGUCUGGUCAGCAGAAUCGGGAGAACGCUCCUCGAGGAGGGCGAGGUGGCGGCUCCGGUCACCAGCGAAGACACUCCUUAGCUUUGGCUGACGCCAAAAAGGCUGCUGAGCUUGCUCAGCAGAAACGAACGACCUCGGGCUUCCAGUUCCCGGCUGCGGGUCCUUCUGAAGGCACAUCUGCCGAAGAGGCUAAGUCCGUUACUGCGGAUACCCCUAUAGCACAGGGCUCAUCCAUUCGCGGCGGACGUGGCGGACAUGGACGGAGCCAGAGCAUGGCUGUCAAUAGCCGUGGGGGUAGCCGUGGUGGCGGUUCCAUGCAUCUCAAUAAUAACGAAAGUGGCGAUUUCGCUCGCCGCGGUAGUGCCGCAGGCGGCCAUGCUCGAACUUCUUCGCGCAACUUUGAGGGUAAUUGGCGUAACCAACAAGGUCAAAACCAGGGCCAGGAGCAGGCUGGUCAAGGUCAGCAAGGCUUUCAGCCUGGCCAUCGUAACCGUGGCUCAGUAAGCCAGUCCAUCUCUAACAUCGGAUCAUUCCAGUAUCCAGGUCAGCCACAGCUCAUGCAGAUGCCUGGCCAGAUGCCGUUAAUGCAGAUGUACCCUGGUCAACAGCUCAACCCUAUGCAAAUCAACCAACUCCAGGCUCUCCAGGCCGCUCAGAUGAACGGUCAGCAUCUCGUUGGUCUUCAAGGGAGCCAGCAUGCGCCACAGCUCAGCGGUCAACAAUCUCAGCAACAGAGAAAGACACUCUUUACCCCGUAUCUUCCCCAGGCCACAUUACCCGCGCUACUUGGCGAUGGGCAACUUGUAUCUGGUAUUCUCCGAGUAAACAAGAAGAACCGCAGCGAUGCGUACGUAGCUACUUCGGAUGGUCUAUUAGACGCGGAUAUCUUUAUUUGCGGUAGCAAAGACCGUAACAGAGCUCUAGAGGGCGAUCUGGUUGCAGUUGAGCUGCUUGAUGUAGAUGAGGUUUGGUCGCAGAAACGGGAGAAGGAGGAAAAGAAGAAGAGGAAGGAUAUCACCGACACGCGGUCUGGAUCUACCAACGGUAACGGCCAGUCUAACAAUGGUAAUGGGGAGGAGUCGGCCAACGGCGAGGGAGGAAUCCGUAGGCGUGGCAGUCUCCGACAGAGGCCUACUCAAAAGAAGAACGACGACGUGGAGGUGGAAGGGCAAAGUUUACUUCUCGUUGAGGAAGAGGAGAUUAACGACGAAUCUAAGCCCCUUUAUGCUGGGCACAUCGUGGCCGUCAUUGAGCGUGUUGCAGGUCAAAUGUUCUCGGGUACACUAGGUCUUCUACGUCCUAGCAGUCAAGCUACCAAGGAAAAGCAGGAGGCAGAGCGAGCAGCCCGGGACGGCGGUCGAUCACACGACAGUCGCCAACAGGACAAGCCUAAGAUUGUUUGGUUUAAGCCUACCGAUAAGCGUGUUCCUCUUAUUGCCAUUCCCACUGAACAGGCCCCCAGAGACUUCGUGGAGAAGCACCAAGAGUAUGCUGAUCGCAUCUUCGUCGCGUGCAUUAAGCGAUGGCCAAUCACAUCUCUGCACCCCUUUGGUACCCUUGUCGAGCAGCUCGGCAGGAUGGGUGACCUCAAGGUCGAGACUGAUGCUCUUCUACGUGAUAACAACUUUUCAUCCGACGAAUUUUCGGAAGCUGUUCUACGAAGCGUUGGCCUCCAGGACUGGUCUGUUGCCAAAGAAGAUGAAGCUUCCGUCAGUUCUCGCAGGGACUUCCGCGGCGAGAAGACCUUCACUCUCGACCUUGCAGGUACCGGAGAACUUGGUAACGCUGUUCACGUCAAAACCGAAUCGGAUGGAAAGAUUGAGAUUGGUAUUCACGUCGCCGAUGUUAUUCAUUUCGUCAAGCCCAACUCUCUUGUUGACCGCGAAGCUAAGAAGCGUGGUACCGCUGUUCACCUUGUGAACCGAACCUGCGCUCUGCUCCCUCCCAAGAUCGCGUCUGAGCUUGGCACUCUUAUCCCAGGUGAAGAGAGAUUCACCGUUAGCGUUGUUUUCCGCGUGAACCCACACACUGGCGUAGUCGCUGAGGGUGACACUUGGAUUGGCAAGAGUAUCGUUAAGAGCAACGCUAAGCUGACCCUGAAGGAACUUGACGAGGCUCUAUCGAACCAGACUGGCUUUACGCACGAUGUUGUUCAGGUUAAGGAUGUCCAGAUCCUCAACGCUGUCGCGCAGAAAUUCCGUGAGGCCCGUUUGGGCUCUGAGGGCGAGCCAAUGGCUCCCCUUCGACUACUUCAUCAACUCGACGAUGAAAACAUCCCUAUCCAGCACAACAUUUUUGAUUCCACUCUUGGUACCGAGCUUGUCGAAGAGCUUUUGCACAAAGUUAAUGCAUCCGUCGCUCAGAAGCUUGCUCAGGGUCUACCUGAGAAGGCUCUUCUCCGACGUGAAUCACCACCCAAUGCUCGUCGCCUACAAACUUUUGCAGAGCGCAUGCGGGCACUUGGAUAUGAUAUUGAUACUACGAGCAGCGGUACAGUACAAAACAGUCUUUUUAAAGUUGAUGACACAGACAUCCGUAAGGGUAUGGAGACGCUGCUGGUCAAGACCAUGCAACACGCCAAGUACUACAUUACUGGCAAGACUAACAAGCAGCUCUGGCCUCAUUUUGCCCUGAAUCUCCCUCUUUAUACACACUUUACUGCUCCCACUAGGCGAUACGCCGACAUUAUCGUCCACCGUCAAUUGGAGGUUGUCCUUUCGGAGGGCAAGAUUGAAUACAAUGAUGACAUUGAGAAUUUGGUGAAGACGAUUGAAUCUUGUAACACCAAGAAGGAAUCGGCUCAGAAUGCUCAAGAGCAGAGUAUUCACAUCGAGUCAUGCAGGAUCAUGGAUAAGAAACGCCAGGAGGUCAAUGGUGAUUUGAUCAGCGAAGGCAUUGUUAUCUGCGUUUAUGAAUCUGCUUUUGAUGUUUUAAUUCCCGAGUGGGGCUUCGAGAAGCGCGUGCACUGCGACCAGUUGCCGCUGAAGAAAGCCGAAUUUAGAAAGGAGAAGAGAGUCUUGGAACUUUACUGGGAGAAGGGAGUUCCUAGCUCGGCUUACGUACCUGAAGACGAGAGACCUAAGGCUGGCGCUUCGCAACGCAUUUCUAAUGCGAUGGCCGCUGCUAGACAGGCCGAGGAGGCCGAGAGAGCUAAGAAGGAACGUGAAGAAGCAGCUCGGAAGCAGACGAAAACUGAGACUAUUUCAACCGAUGACGUUGAUGCCUUAUUUGACGAUGAAGAUGACAAUGGAUCGGAUAUUACCGAGGCUAUGGCUGGCGCAUCAUUGGCUGAGCGCCCUACCCAAAGCGUUCCGGGUUCCCCGGCUCGAUCUGUAUCGAACCCGGGUGUCCUCCAUCGUACAAGAUCUGAUUCGAAGGUGCCCAUGGCGGAAGCUGUGGAAACCCGCCUAACAAAUAAGGAGAAGUAUCUCAAAUUUUUUAAGCUGCGAGAAGAAGGCGGCGAUUACAUCCAAGAUGUAACAGAAAUGACUCGAGUACCUGUGAUCCUCAAGACGGAUCUCAGCAAGAGCCCACCUUGCUUAACGAUUCGUUCGCUUAACCCUUAUGCUCUCUAAACUCAUCCAAUGAUGAUUCGCUCAGCUCGAUAUACAGGACGAAGAAUAGUAGAGCACUCGAGCGUUUUGGCAUGUUAUUGGGAAUCACUUAGAGUGAGGCAGCGAAGAGCGGGGAAAACAAGGUAGAUUGUAAGGCUGUAACGUCAGCCGGUACCCGAAGAAGUGCAUCUCUUAAUGUGUCGAUAAAAAGUGUUUUUUUUGGACAGGCAGAUAGAAUUGGUAGCUGCCGCAGUCAACAGAUAUAUGAGAUCGUGCUAAGUACUAACUAAAUCCGGUUAUGUUUUUUCUGAAUACCAUCGUAUCACAUUAAGCCACCUGCACUUGUCCCGAUGGAGGUCAAUCAGCGAUUUGGUCCAGCAACAUUGUCUCAACAGUUGUCCCUGUAAAGCCUAUCUAGGUACCUUAUAUAUACAGAUCGCCUUCAAGGUUACUCUGCUUUAACUAUGGGAUGAAUCUGAUUGUGUACAGGGUCAGUCCUACGAGUAACAUGUAUUUGUGCUAGUUUCCCUACAGAAUCAUCGCAAGCAGGCCCUCAAUUGUGCUAUUUAUGCGGGUCGGGUACAUGAAGCACCUACAGCAGGGCGUCAGACAGAUCCGGUUAGAUGGAUCUCACGGAUGUGCCACCUACCACAGCUCCCGCU